AUGCCACUAGGGGAUUCGAUUACUUUUGGAACCGGUGGUUCUGAUCUAGGAAGUUACCGGAAGCCCCUGCUUCCCAUGUUGCAUGGGCUCGGGCACGACGUUGACUUUGUCGGUCCAGUGCUCGCGGGAAGCAAUUCUGGAGAUCCAGACAAUGCCGGCUACGUUGGCUAUCUCGUCGUGGAACUCCGUGACAAGAUUAUCGCCGAUCAGCUGGUUGCCAAGUACAAGCCAACCUACAUCCUGCUUCAUAUCGGCUCCAACAACAUGGGCAACGACGCCAUGGCAUCGCGAGCACCAAGCGAUCUGCAAGACCUCAUUGACGACGUGUGGAAACAGGGUCCGAGGACCAGCAUCCUCUUGGCAGCGGUUAUCCCAACUCGCUCCUCGGAGUACAAUAAAAGGACGGCCCUGUUCAACAGAGACGUCAGGCGCACUGCGGCCCAACUUCAGGAGCAGGGAAAACCCGUGUCACUCUGUGACCUGUCCACGGCCAUUGACCCGGCGAGGGACCUGGCCGAUGCUGUACAUCCAAACGACAAUGGCUACAAGAAGAUGGCAGCUGCUUGGUUGCAGUGCUUGAAGCAUGUUCUACCUCCGGCGAGGGGGAAAAUCGCCCAGCAUAACCCUCACUUCCAAACGCUGCAUCCUGUACCGGCACGAACAUUCGACCCGGGGUAUAUUCCGAUGUGGGAGAGUCAAGGGAUUACCAUUGACUUUGCCGGUCGCGGGACGGACCUCUACGCCGUGAGCCCCCUUGCUGGACAUGGUGGAAUCGCCACCACCUUUGAUGUCGCGGCAGACAAGCAAGUCACUGUCACUUUCAGGGUCAGAGAUAGCCCACCGAGUCCCCUUUGUCCCGGCGCCGCACACCAUCUGCACGUCGCGUCAGACACUGACAAUGAGGGCGUGGACAUCCACGUCCCCGCGGGCGAUACUGCCUGGGGCGUACACAAGUACAAAUUCAUGGCUCAGGGGAACUCGUCACAUCUUUCCUUCCAAGCCCGAGGGCCGACGGACGGCUUCUGUGGACCAAGUGUCGCGGACGUUGUCGUGAGACAAGACUCUGGUUACGAUGUUGGGAGACGGCGUGUGCGCCUUUGA